GUGCAGCAGGAAUUACGAAGAAACACCAGGGCUUCCCACCCCUCCUCUGCUGACAGGAAGCUUUUCUAGAAGGCCACCUGCAAAGGCAGAGUGUUGCUUCCUGGGCCGCUUCUGUUUCACAGGGUUACUUACACACUGCUCCUCCCUUUUCCUUCUUAUCAGCUACCAACAGCAUUGCAACAUCCUCAGCACGAGUGCAGGGGGUGUGGCUGGGGGCCAGACUACCUCGAUCUUUGAAGUUUCUCCCUGAGGGUAUACCGUAUAGAGAAGUUCUCGGUGGCACUUCCUGUGGCCACCCCCACCCUCUUGCUUUUAACCCCUUGGGACCCUUGGGAUCAAAGUUUUUGAUAGCAAGGUGGCCUGUUCUCCAGCUGUAGACCGUGGUGCUAGCUGGCCUGGCGGUUGGGUCCUUUCCUUUCCCCACAGAGGGUCUCUGACCGCUCCUGACUUUGCAUCUGGGAGAAAUGUCUGAUUUCCUAGGUAGAGAAGGUCUUCCUCAGGGAGGUCCUUGGCCCAGAGCGACAGCCCAGGUCUUCCUCAGGACAGGUCCUUGGCCCAAGAGCCUGGAGAGGACUGAAGGCGAGGUGGGUCCAGUAAGCCGCGCGCAAGGACUGUAGGUGCGGACUCGCUGUUCCAGCCGCCUUCCAGCCUGGGCAGCGGUUUCCUUUGUAAGGCCAUGCACCCAUUUCUACCCCAUCGCCAGGAUGCUUUCCUUCCCAGCAGAGGUUAUAGCGAGUUCAGCCUUAUAUUGGUUUACAAGGCCCAAGUGCAAGAAAACCAAAAUUCUCCAGGCACGGCAGCGGCGGACGUCUAGAUUUGCACCCCGAGCCCCGGUUGUGGGAAGGGAACUCCAGGCUUCCAUCCAUCGACGCCAGCAUACCCAGGAUUUUCCUGCCAUUAAAUCUGGAGAAAGAAACAUAAGCACUCGAACCUGCACAAGCAAGUAUUUCUCCUCGACUCCUGCUCACCAUCUCCCCCUCCCCACCUCCACUCCCCAUUAGUUCUCUGCUGGACCAUUUUUUAGGUCUGUGGCUGCCAGACUUAGGAGAUGGAUGGGCUUGGGGAGCCGAAGGGCACCUUGGAGGAGGAGCAGGACCAGGCAGACCCCCAGGAGAGUAGGGAGUCCACAGCUGGGUGGUUCUAAGCCACCGGGUACAUGAAAGACCACGGGAUGCUGAUCCUGCUACUGCAUGCGGUGGUCUUCAGCCUGCCCAGCGUCUGGGCGGAGGAGGCCUGCACGCGCACCUGCCCCGCCGCCUGCGCCUGCAGCAGCACCGAGCGCGGCUGCUCCGUGCGCUGUGACCGCGCCGGCCUCCUGCGGGUGCCGGCCGAGUUCCCGUGCGAGGCGGCUUCCAUCGACCUGGACCGGAACGGCCUGCGCUUCCUGGGCGAGCGGGCCUUCGGCACGCUGCCGUCGCUGCGCCGCUUGUCGCUGCGCCACAACAACCUGUCCUUCAUCACGCCCGGCGCCUUCAAGGGCCUGCCGCGGUUGGCCGAGCUGCGCCUGGCGCACAACGGCGAGCUGCGCUACCUGCACGCGCGCACCUUCGCCGCCCUUGGCCGCCUCCGCCGGCUCGACCUGGCCUCCUGCCGCCUCUUCACGGUGCCUGAGCGCCUCCUGGCCGAGCUGCCCGCCCUGCGGGAGCUCGCCGCCUUCGACAACCUCUUCCGCCGCGUGCCCGGCGCGCUGCGUGGCCUGGCCAACCUGACGCAUGCGCACCUAGAGCGCAGCCGCAUCGAGGCGGUGGCCUCCAGCUCGCUGCAGGGCAUGAGGCGCCUGCGCUCGCUCAGCCUGCAGGCCAACCGCGUCCGUGCGGUGCACGCAGGUGCCUUUCGCGACUGUGGCGCCCUGGAGCACCUGCUGCUCAACGACAACCGGCUGGGAGAGCUGCCCGCGGAAGCCUUCGUAGGCCUGCGCCGCCUGCGCACGCUCAACCUGGGUGGCAACGCGCUGGGCCUCGUGGCGCGCGCCUGGUUCACGGACCUGGCGGAGCUUGAGCUGCUCUACCUGGACCGCAACAGCAUCGCCUUUGUGGAGGAGGGCGCCUUCCAGAACCUCUCGGGCCUCCUCGCUCUGCACCUCAAUGGCAAUCACCUCACUGUGCUGGCCUGGGCCGCCUUCCAGCCUGGCUUCUUCCUGGGCCGCCUCUUUCUCUUCCGCAACCCAUGGCGCUGUGACUGCCACCUGGAGUGGCUGCGGGACUGGAUGGAGAGCUCUGGGCGCGUGUCCGACGUGCCGUGCGCCGCCCCGGGCUCUGUGGCUGGCCUAGACCUCAGCCAGGUGGCCUUUGGGCGCUCUUCCGAUGGCCUCUGUGUGGACCCCGAGGAGCUGAACCUCACUGCAUCCAGUUCAGGCCCGUCCCCAGAGCCAGAGGCCACCACCGUGAGUAGGUUCAGCAGCCUCCUCUCCAAGCUGCUGGCCCCGAGGGCCUCAGUGGAGGAGGUGGCCAACACCACCGAGGGGCCGCUCAACAUCUCCCUGUCCGACAGCCUCCCCUCCACCGGGGUGGUCGUCUGCGUCCACAACGCCCGGUUUGUCCUCGGCUCCGGUCUCCUGCUCAGUGUGGCCCAGCACGCAGUGUUUGUUCUACACGUGAACUAACCUUGCCCCAGUGGGGUAGCCCAGAUUGCCUUGGCCAGUGGGGAAAAGUGUAGUUAACUGGCCUGGAGAUUGUGUUGGGGGGGAGAGGGGAACAGGGUGGGGGCAGAUGGUGAAAAUUCCAGCCCAGGAUGGAAGGGACAGUUAACUUUCAGAGAUGGCUCUAGGAAGAGGAGAACCCCCGGCAAUGCCACGCCAGGGAUGGGGUGGAGGUGGAGAGAGGAAUGGAUUUCUGCUCAUGUUACAUGGGCAUCAGUUGGAGAAGAGAAGCAAGAGUGAACGUGGGCCCUCCAGUGAGAAGAUUAGGAAUUGGAAGCUCCUAGGGCUACAGAGAUCUACCCCAUCACUUGCCCCCAUCUUCCAGGAAACAGAGACUCCAGUGCCGGAAAUAGCGUCAAUCCAGUGGCUAAGUACCAAGAACUGUGCCAGUUUUGCUGGUGGGACCGCCCAAUAAGCCCAGUCCCUUUGUUUUCUACCACAGUUGCCCUCCCCCUCACUGAGGGGCACAGGAUGCUAGAGUCCAGGAAGAUGGACAGAACAGGAGAGAAGGGGGAUGUGAGAGGAACUUAGACCCAAGGGGUUGAUGUUGGUUCCUGGGGUCUGGAAUGUGUCAGGAGGCAUUGAAAACAAGGAUCCAUUUCACUUACUUCACAGUUAUUCCCGGGGUGGCCUUAGCCACAAAACAACUUUAGGGCAGGGUAGGGGGAGAAAAGGUGGGGGAUGGGGUUUCCCGUAUACAACUAAGUGUGUAAAAUACUAAGAUUUAAAAAAAAGUCAAACAAGUUUCUUUAUUGCAAGUUUUUUUAGUCUUUCAUAUGCAAACAUGCAUUGUGAAUCUCCAGAGAGGCCACAAAAUCCUCUUUCUUAAGUUGUGUGGAAGACAGAGAUGCUGUUAGCAGAGUAGGGAAUCUCCAGCUUGGAUGAUCCCAUUAGGUGUGGAAAUUUUUAUGGGUGGCACACUUUGGGGCUGACUAAUGGCCAGGAGACAAGGAGGCAGCCAGUAGCUGGGAAGGGGGCCACAGAGAUUUCCCAGGGUAGGAGUUGGCUAACUGUAAGCCCCUAGGCCUGAGUGUCAGAGCAAAUUCUGUAUGGCUGCUAAAUACUUGCUCACACACUUGUCCACACACAAGUAACGAUGACUGCAUUUGUCAACAUGUGCGAAAUCCCUAGGUUUGUUGUUGUUGUUGUGUGAGUAAAGUGAUAGGGGUUUUUAAAGUGAGGAUACAGAAAAAGCUCUCAGGAGGGAGUCCCAUCACGGUUGCCCUCGAAAUCGCUAGUUUUAAUGUCUUGAAUUCCUCUAUGUUUGAAGAGCUGGUUUUUCAAAGUCCACAUAAUUCCACAUAAUGGGCCAAGCUGUCAGGUCUUCCUGGUGAUAGUACUUCUUUGUUUCUAGGUCAUACUAAGUAUCAGAAAUGUUGCAGAAAGCUCCUCUGAGGGUGGGAGUGUUCAAAUGGGUUGUGAUCUUUUGUGGUCAGUUACCUCACCUCAACCGGCCACAACCAGCAUUUAAGAAAGAUAGAACAGAAAAGUCACAAGUCUUGGGGUAUCUGGGUGGUUCAGUGGUUAAGCCUUUGCCUUCGGCUCAGGUCUUGAUCUCAGGGUGCUGGGAUCGAGCCCCGCAUCGGGCUCUCUGCUCAGCAGGGAGCCUGCCUCCCUCUCUCUCUCUGCCUGCUUCUCCAUCUACUUGUGAUCUCUCUCUCCUUGUCAGAUAGAUAAAUAAAAUAUUUAAAAAAAGAAAAGAAAAGUCACAGAGUCUUACAUGUAACAGGUAUUGUUUUGUGAAACUGUUUUGUGAAUUUGUAUGCGUUUGUUCAGAUGAUAUGUGUAUGUUGUGUCUGGAUCACUGCAUACACUUUAUAUUUUAUUGUGGGCUAUUGUUGAGAAAGUUUGAAAGUCACUAAUCUGGAGGCUACAUGAUUUUUUCAAACUCUUUAUUUUGAAAUGUGUCAAACCUACAGGAAAGUUUCAAGGAUAGUAGAGUGAACACUUUGGCCAUUCACCUCGGUUUCCAGAUUGUUCACAUUUUACUGUAUUUGCCGUGUAUAGUCUGAGUUAGUUGUAAACAUCACAGCCCUUCACCCCUAAAAAAACCACAGCAUGUACUUCCUAUUAGGAAUGUUAUCAUUGAUAGAAUACUAUUACUUAAAAUAUACUGUCUUGAAAUUUCA